AAGCAAUGGAAUUGAAGUUGAAGCCUCGGAGAAUAAUGGAUGCCAGAAUUUUCAGCCUCACACGGUUAUGAUGCAAGAAAAGCAGUCAUAUAGAACCUCCUUUCACUUCCAACCACAAAGAAAUUGGCUUAAUGGUAUAAAUAUUUACUCUUUUUUUCUUUUUCCUUGUCAAUUUUAUUCAUUUAUUGUGUUCCUUUCCUUCUUUCUUUAUGUGUCUAUGUAUUCUGAAGACGGGUUUUAAUCUUUGUGUUUAACAUGUUACAUGAACUGGUUGCUGAUGAAUAAAUGAUGCCUAUGAUCACACCAGACCCUAAUGGGCCAAUGUGGUAUAAGGGGGUUUAUCAUUUAUUUUACCAAUACAAUCCAUAUGGAGCAUUGUUUGGUGAUUUUAUGAUAUGGGCGCAUUCUGUAUCAUAUGAUCUCAUCAACUGGAUUCAUCUCAAUCAUGCCCUUUGCCCAACAGAACCAUAUGACAUCAACAGUUGCUGGUCUGGUUCUGCUACAAUUCUUCCUGGGAAAGGACCUGUCAUUUUAUACACUGGAAUUGAUGCUAACCAUUGUCAGGUUCAGAAUAUGGCAAUGCCAAAGAAUCUGUCUGAUCCAUUUCUUGAAGAAUGGAUAAAAUUUGCUCAAAAUCCUAUCAUGACACCUCCUGAUGGUGUUGAAGGGAACAAUUUUAGAGAUCCUACAACAGCUUGGUUGAGUCAUGAUGGAAAAUGGAGCGUGAUCAUUGGAAGCUGGAACAAUAAUCAAGGAAUGGCAAUUCUGUAUCAAAGUGAAGAUUUUUUUAACUGGACUAAGUACCGAGAUCCUCUAUAUUCAACUGAAAGAACUGGGAUGUGGGAGUGCCCGGACUUUUAUCCUGUGUGUGUUAAUAGCACAGAUGGAGUAGAUACUUCUGUCCUGAAUGCGGGUGUUAAACAUGUGAUGAAGGCAAGCUUCAAUUCUCAUGACUAUUACAUGAUUGGUACUUAUGUCCCAGAGAUGGAAAAAUUCAUUCCUGAUAAUGACUUUACCAGUACCGGUAUGGACUUGAGGUAUGACCAUGGAAAAUUUUAUGCUUCAAAGACAUUCUUUGACAGUGUCAAGAAUAGGAGAAUCUUAUGGGGUUGGGUAAAUGAGUCUGAUAGCAUAGAAGAUGACAUGGACAAAGGAUGGUCUGGACUUCAGUCUAUUCCUAGGCACAUUUGGUUGGAUAGGAGUGGAAAGCAAUUAGUGCAGUGGCCCAUUGAGGAAAUCAACAAACUACAUGGCAAGAAAGUCAGUUUCCUUGAUAAGAAAAUUGAUAGUGAGUCAAUAUUUGAAGUUCAAGGCAUUACUGCUGCACAGGCAGAUGUGGAGGUUGUUUUUGAGUUGCCAGAACUGCAAGAGGCUGAGUUCUUGAACCUUACUGCAGUUGAUCCUCAGCUACUUUGUUCUGACGCAAAUGCAUCAAUCAAAGGCAGAUUGGGUCCAUUUGGUUUAUUAACUUUAGCAUCGAAGGACUUAACUGAACAAACUGCGAUUUUCUUCCGGAUAUUUAAAGGCCUGAAAGGAUAUGUAGUACUCAUGUGCAGUGAUCAAAGCAGAUCUGCUCUUCGAGAUGAGGUCGAUAAAACCACAUAUGGAGCUUUCAUAGAUAUCGACCCUCAGCGUGAAAAUAUUUCAUUAAGAAGCUUGAUUGAUCACUCCAUUAUUGAGAGUUUUGGUGGGGAAGGGAGAGCUUGCAUCACCAAUAGAGUUUAUCCUAAGUUGGCUAUUCAUGAAGAAGCUCACCUGUUUAUAUUUAACAAUGGAACCCUGAGCGUGACGAUCUCUAGUCUGAAUGCUUGGAGCAUGAACAAAGCCCAAAUCAAUCACAAAGAAAACUUCAUUUAAAAAGGAAGGAGCAUCGCAUGGCCUCUGCAGUCUGCUAUAGUGUCUUGAGUGCAAUGGAUGUAAGAUCUUUUGGCUGGUAUAGGUGUCUUUACAGCCAAUGAGUUGGCUGAUUUACCAUCCAAUCUACUUUGUUUUUAAUUUUUAUGUCUCCGGGGCUUCUAUACUUGGAGAAGAUCAAUGUAUUCUCUUUUGUGCUUGCUAAUGUCAUUUACCCUUAAAAGCUGAAACAGAGAAGAGAAAUAGAAGUUUACCAAUGGUCCUAUCAAAAAAACUGCAAUGAUGUCAGCUACCUUUCGAAGCUUUAUGCUUCUUAGACAUCUAGAUUUGAGUUUUUCUAAUUCUUCAUUCAUUGUAUAUCAAGAGAUUCAAAUUCGAAACAAGCUAAUCUUGUUUUUUUAUCCGCA